AUGGCCGAAGGCGAGGGUAUCGGGUCGGCUUGGAAGAUAAUCCCGUCGCUUAGCUCGCGGGAUAUCGCUGCCACAGUCGACUUCUAUACGAGCGAGCUGGGGUUCACCCUGGGCGGAACCAAGCCCGAGAAUGGUAAUGACUCUCCGCUCUACUUUUGCUCCGUCUACACAGGAAAUGAGGCUGCUGCCAACAUCUACUUCUUCCUGUGCGAACCAAACGAGUUCCAUCCUGGAGGAGUAAUGAUCGCUUUGGGCACGGCAGGUCUGGACCAGUUCCACGACCUUUUAUUGUCCAAGGGAAAAGUCGAAGUUGUCGAAGCUAUCCGAGAUACGCCUUGGGGUUACCGUCAAUUCACUAUUAAGGAUAACGAUGGCAAUCGUCUGACAUUCUUCAAGUUCCUGGAAGGGGGAAAUCCAGGAACCGACUGA